UGGUCUCUUCAGCAGCGUCUUUUCUUAAGCGGCGGCGGCAGCAGCAGCAGCAGCAGCAAGAGGAGAAGCAACCCCAGCUAUGACUGCCGCAUGUUAAUAGCUGCCGCUGGGUCCCUCGGCUGCUGCUGGAGACAGAGCCUGACUCCGAAGUUGUGCAACUGUGGACUGGCAGAGACAUUUGAACCCUCUUUUCUCUUCGCUCCGCUUUUGCCCCCUUGGGGUGUGUGAAGCGAGGAACGUAAAGGAAGGCGAGCAUUUGGCUCUCUUUUUCCUUCCCCUUUCUCCGUGGCUGUGUAGCAGAAGAAAGGGAAGAGAGACUUUUUGUUGUUGUUUCCUUGACUGGGGUCUCCACCCUCCUGCUGCUUUCUCUGCGCUUCGAUUCUCGUUCUUUGCCGCGUGUGGUUGGGGGUGUCUGCACAGGGGCCGGCCGGUCUUUUGACCCGAGCUCAAUGGCUGGAUUGUGGAAACUGCACCCGCCUUCAGGUUGUUGAGCAACUGAUGGGACGAUCUCAGGGACCGGCGGUUACGAAAGAAAUGUUUAAUUUGGUAAAUCGGAGGAAAAAACCAUGGAUUUUUAGCAAUUGAAGAGCAAAUUAAGGUUUCAGAUUUGGGAUAUUGGUGUUUCUGUUUCGGAAGAAUUAUUCUUUUUAUUUUUAAUUUAAAGAAAAUUCAUCAGUUUCGGAAUACAGAAGAGGAACUAGAAAUAUACGUAUUUUGUUUCACAUUUGAACAGUCAUUCUUGAGGAAUACUCCAUACCUGAGUGGACAGCCAUGUGGCCAUCGCAGCUACUAAUUUUCAUGAUGCUUUUAGCUCCAAUAAUUCAUGGUGGCAAGCACAGUGAACGACAUCCAGCCCUUGCUGCUCCAUUGCGACACGCUGAGCGCAGCCCAGGAGGCGCUCUUCCACCCAGACAUCUACUUCAGCAGCCAGCUGCAGAGCGCACCGCCGCUCAUCGUGGACAAGGGCCCCGUGGAGCUACCAGAGGAGUUCGUGGUCCAGGUGCCCAAGGAGCACAGAUUGCAGCCCAAGCUUUCAGCCGUGCCCCAAUUCCGAUGGCUGUGGUCCGCAGAGAGCUAUCCUGUGAGAGCUAUCCUAUAGAGCUCCGCUGUCCAGGAACAGACGUCAUCAUGAUAGAAAGUGCGAACUAUGGCAGGACUGAUGACAAAAUUUGUGACUCUGACCCUGCUCAGAUGGAGAAUAUCCGAUGUUAUCUGCCAGAUGCCUAUAAGAUUAUGUCUCAAAG